CCAUGUCACCAGAGGAGUCCAGGAAGAAUGAGACCAUGUGUGCUUUCAGGUUGUGGUCUGGCCUCCUGGUUGUGCUGGCUUUUUUCUGCUCUAGAAGUUCGUCAUGUGGCCUUUCAACACAUGUAGAAAUAGGCCACAGAGCUCUGGAGUUUCUUCAUCUUCAAGAUGGGCGUGUUAACUACAAAGAGCUGUUAUUAGAACACCAGGAUGCGUAUCAGGCAGGGACUGUGUUUCCUGAUUCUUUUUACCCUGACAUCUGCAAAGGAGGCAAAUUCCAUGACGUGUCUGAGAGGACUCAUUGGACACCGUUUCUUAAUGCAAGCAUUCAUUAUGUCAGAGAGAACUAUCCUCUUCCCUGGGAGAAGGACACAGAGAAACUGGUAGCGUUCUUGUUUGGAAUUACUUCUCACAUGGUGGCAGAUGUCAGCUGGCACAGCCUGGGUAUUGAACAAGGAUUCCUUAAGACAAUGGGAGCUAUUGAUUUUCAUGGCUCCUAUUCUGAGGCUCAUUCAGCUGGUGAUUUUGGAGGAGAUGUGGUGAGCCAGUUUGAAUUUAAUUUUAAUUACCUUGCACGGCACUGGUAUGUGCCCAUCAAAGAUCUACUGGGAAUUUAUGAGAAACUCUAUGGUCGAAAUGUCAUCAACAAAAAUGUCAUUGUUGACUGUACUCACCUUCAGUUCUUGGAAAUGUACGGUGAGAUGCUAGCUGUUUCCAAGCUGUAUUCCACUUACUCUACAAAGUCCCCAUUUUUGGUGGAACAGUUCCAAGAAUAUUUCCUAGGAGGACUGGAUGACAUGGCGUUUUGGUCAACCAAUAUCUACCGUCUAACAAGUUUCAUGCUAGAGAAUGGGACCAGUGACUGCGUCCUUCCUGAGAACCCUCUGUUCAUUAGGUGUGGUGGCCAGCAAAACAACAGCCUCAGCUCAAAAGUGCAGAAAAAUGAUUUUCAUAGGAAUUUGACUGUACCCAUAAGUAAAAAUAUUGGAAAAAACAUAAACUAUACUGAAAGAGGCGUGUUCUUCAGUGUCGAUUCUUGGACCCCGGAUUCUAUAUCCUUUAUGUACCAGGCUUUGGAAAGGAACAUCCGGACAAUGUUUUCAGGCAGCUCCCGAGAGUCACGGAAGCAUGUCUCCAGCCCCUCAGCAUCUUACUUCUUGUCAGUUCCCUAUGCAAGGCUUGGGUGGGCAAUGGUGUCAGCAGACCUCAAUCAGGAUGGGCACAAUGACCUCGUGGUGGGUGCACCAGGCUACAGCCACACUGGCCACUUCCAGGUCGGGCGUGUGUACAUCAUUUAUGGCAAUGACCUGGGCCUGCCCCCUGUUGAUCUGGACCUAGACAAAGAAGCCCAUGGAAUCCUGGAGGGCUUCCAGCCCUCAGGUCGGUUUGGCUCAUCCUUGGCUGUGUUGGACUUUAACAAGGAUGGGGUUCCUGACCUGGCUGUGGGAGCUCCCUCUGUGGGCUCAGAGCAGCUCACAUACAAAGGUGCAGUGUAUGUCUACUAUGGCUCCAAACAAGGGAGGCUGUCUUCUUCCCCGAGCAUCACCAUCUGCUGCCAGGACAUCUACUGCAACUUAGGCUGGACACUCCUGGCUGCAGACAUGAAUGGAGACAGUGAGCCUGACCUGGUGAUUGGCUCCCCUUUUGCACCAGGUGGAGGGAAGCAGAAGGGAAUUGUGGCUGCGUUUUAUUCUAGCCCCAACCAGAGUGACAAAGAAAUACUGAACACGGAGGCAGCUGAUUGGAUGGUGAGAGGUGAGGAGGACUUCGCCUGGUUUGGAUAUUCCCUCCACAGUGUCACUGUGAACAACAGAACCUUGCUGCUGGUUGGGAGUCCUACCUGGAAGAAUGUCAGUAGGAUGGGCUAUUUGUUCCGCAGCCAUAAUGAGAAAAAGAGCCUUGGAAGGGUGUAUGGCUACUUCCCACCAAAUGGCCAAAGCCACUUUACCAUUUCUGGAGACAAGGCAAUGGGGAAACUUGGCACUUCUCUGUCAAGUGGCCAUGUAAUGAUGAAUGGGACUCUGACGCAAGUGCUCUUGAUUGGGGCCCCGACUCACGAUGAUGUGUCUAAAAUGGCAUUUUUGACCAUGACCCUGCACCAGGGUGGAACAACACGGCUAUAUGAGCUAACAGUCGGUGCACAGCCCUCUCUGCUUAGCACCUUCAGUGGAGACCGUCGCUUCUCUCGAUUUGGUGGAGUUUUACACUUGAGUGACCUGGAUAAUGAUGGUUUAGAUGAAAUCAUCAUGGCUGCCCCAAUGAGGAUAACAGAUAUAACCUCUGGACUACUUGGGGGAGAAGAUGGACGAGUUUAUAUAUACAAUGGUAAACAGACCACCCUUGGAGACAUGACAGGCAAAUGCAAAUCAUGGAUAAGUCCAUGUCCAGAGGAAAAGGCUCAAUAUGUACUAAUUUCUCCUGAAGCAAGUUCAAGAUUUGGGAGCUCUCUGAUCUCUGUGAGGUCAAAGGAAAAAAAUCAAGUUGUCAUUGCUGCUGGAAGGAGUUCUUUAGGAGCUCGGCUCUCUGGGACACUUCAUGUCUAUAGCCUCACCUAAGAUUAAAGACUUCACUCCGU